UGUUUUUUUGGUCACAGGGCCAUUGGGCUUUCAAAGGGACGAGCGAGAGAGAGUUGUCAAGGAAGAAAACGAUGGGCAUGGCCUUGCUCUGUUCCUCCUCGCCUGUUUCUCCAUUUCUUUCCAAACAGCGCAUCAGCUACUACCACAAAACACCAGAGAAUUUAACACUUCGGCCCCUAAUUUCGAGGGAUUUUGGCGAAGCCUAUGCUGGUGAAUGUAAAUCUUCGAAUGUGAGUCGUUUACAGUGUUCUUACGCUUCCUUGCCCUCUGCAAUGUCUCCGACUGAGGCGUCCAAGGGGGUAUGGAUUUGGAGUGAGUGUCAGCAGGUUAUGACGGCUGCGGUUGAGAGGGGAUGGAGCACCUUCAUCUUCUCGCCUCAUAAUACGGAGCUUGCUGAUGAAUGGUCUUCAAUUGCACUAAUACAUCCUCUUUUUAUCAAAGAGAAUGGAGUUUUUGAUGGAGAGGGUAGACUAAUUGCCUCAGUCGUUGAGGUCUCUAACCCCCAGCAGUUGGAGCAGCUUCAACCAGCAAAUGCAUCUGCAGACAUUGUUGUUGUUGAUUUACAAGACUGGCAGAUAAUACCUGCAGAGAAUAUUGUUGCAGCGUUUCAGGGGAGUCAGAAAACAGUGUUUGCCAUCUCGAAAACUCCUAUUGAAGCUCAAAUCUUCCUUGAGGCGCUUGAACAUGGUCUGGGCGGAGUUAUUUUGAAAGUUGAAGAUCCUGAAGCUGUUUUUCAGCUAAAGGACUAUUUUGACAGAAGAAAUGAAGCUAGUAAUCUUCUGAGCUUGACUAAGGCUACUAUUACUCAAAUUCAUGUUGCUGGAAUGGGAGAUCGAGUUUGUGUCGAUCUCUGUAGUCUCAUGAGACCCGGCGAAGGGCUUCUUGUCGGGUCCUAUGCCAGAGGACUGUUCCUUGUUCACUCGGAAUGCUUAGAAUCAAAUUACAUUGCUAGCCGGCCUUUUCGUGUCAAUGCUGGACCUGUCCAUGCCUAUGUAGCUGUCCCGGGAGGGAAAACUAGCUACCUUUCCGAGUUACAUGCAGGCAAAGAGGUAAUUGUAGUUGAUCAAGAAGGCAGACAACGAACCGCUAUUGUUGGACGUGUAAAGAUCGAGACCAGGCAGCUGAUCCUUGUCCAGGCAAAGAGAGAUUCAGAUGAGCAAACUCCUUACAGCAUCCUUCUGCAGAAUGCGGAAACAGUUGCCUUAGUCUGCCCUGGUCGAGGAAAUGAGAAGAAAUCGAUCCCUGUUACCUCACUUAAAGUUGGUGAUGAAGUGUUCUUGAGAUUGCAAGGAGAAGCAAGACAUACAGGAAUUGAAAUCCAAGAGUUUAUCGUGGAGAAAUGAUGAUUGAUCACCUUUUACCAUUUGAAUAUGUUGUAUAUUUUAUCUUUUGAAAACACCGACUUUUGAUUUUUGGUUUUGAAAUUCCUAAAAUAGGUAAAAUCAAUUUUAUGUUAAAAGUGAUAAUAGCUUAACUUGCA